AUGAAUUCUAAAAAUGAAACAAGAGAAGAAAAAAAAAAAGAAAAGGAGCUAAAUGAAGCUCGGAAAGCCGGAAAAAUAGAAGCUCUAAAAGAUGAAGAUGGAAAUGAUAUAAAUCCGCAUAUGCCACAAUAUAUUCUCAAAGCUCCUUGGUAUUUAAAUCAAACACAACCAGGUCUAAAACAUCAAAGAUAUCGAGAAGCAGAUAAAGUGAAAAUAGAAGAAGAAAGAAAUCGAAAAAUUUAUGUUAAAAAUACAAAAAAUAAACAAAAUUUUUGCAAAAAUUGUGGAAGUGCUGCACAUACAGAAAAAUAUUGUUUAGAAAGAACAAGAAAAAAAAAAAAAAAUUUUAUGAAUAAAGAAAAUGAUCAAGAUUAUUUAUGUGUUACCCAAGAUCUAGGAUAUGAUGGAAAUAGAGAUAGAUGGGUAGGAUAUGAUCCAAAUAAUUUCGAUCAUAUAUAUAGAGAAUAUGAAAAAAUAGUAGAUGAACAAAAAAAACGAAAAGCAGAAAAACUGAAAAAAAAAUAUGAAAAGCAAUCCAUAAAAAAAAAAAAAGAAGAAAAUGAAGAAGAAGAAGAAGAAGCUGAAAAUAGCGAAUUAAGUAGUGAUAGUGAAAAAGGUAAUGAUUUAAAUGAUAAUAAACAAAAUAAUAAAAAAAAUAACAAAAAUGAAAAAAAUAAAACAAUUGCUCGAAAUUUAAGAAUCAGAGAAGAUACAGCAAAAUAUUUAUAUAACUUAAAUUUAAAUUCUGCUUUUUAUGAUCCAAAAAGUAGAAGUAUGAGAGAGGAUCCAUUAGCUAAUAUAAAAAAUAAUUUAGAAAAUAGUAAUUAUUAUAAAGGUGAAAAUUAUUAUAAUAAUACAGGAGAGGCGAUUGAAUCGAAAAAAUUAGAAAUAUUUGCAUGGGAAUCAUAUAAAAGAGGUGAAAACGUUCAUUUCAAUGCGCAACCUACUCAACUCGAAUUAAUGUAUAAAGAAUUUUUAGAAAAAAAAAAUAAAUUAAUUAAAAAAAAACAAGAAGAUGUAUUAAAAACAUAUAAAUGUGAAAAUAUAACAAAAGAAAUUCAUAAUGAACAAGAACUUAUACAUUCUGAAGUUUACACAGAAUAUAAGCCGGUUGAUCAAAUUGAUAUUAAAAAAAAUAAUAAAAUUAAAAUAUUAAGUAAAUAUGAAGAAGAUAUUUAUAUUUCGGAUCAUACUUCAGUUUUUGGUAGUUAUUAUGAUCGGGAAACAAAAAAAUGGGGUUACAAAUGUUGCAAAUGUACUGACAAGUUUCAAAAUUGUUUUCAAUUAUAA